UUUCCAGAAAUUACAGAUGACGAAUGUCGUCGUCAUUUUCUUUGUUCCGUGAUAUUUUGGUAACAAAUAUGGGUUUCUACAUAUACCAUUGAUACAUAUUGUAGAGUUAGAUGCUCACAGAAGGUGCGAAGUAUGGAUAUCAUUUCUUGGGCACUUCACAAUGACCUAGAGUACAUGUAGAUCUACAAUAUGUGCUGAAGCUCCCUUUAUUAAGAAGAUAUACCAAUCCAGUAUUAUCAGAGUAAGCAGAGUGCAUCAAGGGAAAUCAUCGCACAGAUUGUGCAGGCCAUCCUACUUAGUGGUUUGGUGAGUGGCUGUGUUGAAAUCAAUACGUGACUCCAGUCUUUGGACAUGACUGCAGUAGAGUUUUGUGGCUUAUACAGAAUGUCUUCUUGUGACAGUGACAGCGAGGAUAGGAGAGAGAAAGGAUCGGGAGAGGAGGUCAGGCUAAAUGUUUAUGAUAUGUAUUGGACUAAUGAAUAUACAACAACACUAGGAUUAGGUGUAUAUCACACUGGAAUUCAAGUUUAUGGGAAAGAGUAUGCUUACGGAGGACACCCUUUCCCGUUCACUGGAAUAUUUGAGAUAGAACCCAGAGAUGUCACAGAUUUAGGAGAACAAUUUAGUUUUAAGGAAACGAUAGUUCUAGGCCAGACUGACCUCACAGAGGAAGACGUAGUGAAAGUAGUAGACUGCCUUGGAAAGAAGUAUCCCGGUGAAGCAUAUCAUCUCAUUCACAAGAACUGCAAUCAUUUCACACAGGAACUAGUACAAAUACUCUGUGCCAAGGAGAUACCAUCGUGGAUCAACCGAUUGGCUGCCGUAGGAGCCCGCCUACCCUUCAUGGAGCGCAUGCUACCCAAGGAGUGGCUAACCCCACUAGCCCUGGUAGAGAACAACUCGGUCAAGGAGCCCGAACCCUCAAGAACACCCAGUGACUCAGAAACGGGCAGCAAGUCAUCAUUGUUAUGACAACCCUGAUAUCACCUCAAGGGAAUGUUUUAUAUACAGAGUGCCACAAGGAUGGGAUGUGUACUUGCUUUUUAUUGUGACUUUAUAUUAAAGGAAAGAUGACAGAGAGGAUCACUCCAUGGAGCAUAUUUUCUUGAAAGCAUACUGUUGAUCCAUCAUUUCCUUUUUCAGACAUAUUCUCUUAUUUAUAUGAAUGUAUGCAGAUUUUGAUAGGAUAGUUGAACCUUGCCUAAACUCUCAUGAAAAUCUAAACUGCUGUAAUACAACUAGACUAGAGUCCAAAAAAUUCACUGACCAAGUUAAUAGCAAUCAAAAACCCAUUUCCGAUGUCGAAAUGAGAGUAACGUGCCGGGUGCCAGUCAAAAUGGCAGUUUGAAAUAUGGGACUGAUUGAAAUUCUCUUACGUUGAAAGGCAAUAUUAA